AUGAUGCAUUUACUAUUGUUUGUUGCUAUUGUGUUUGGCUCAAUUCACGUUGAGGGCGCUGGUGUCGUUGAAGCCACCGAUAAGAACUUUGACAGUGUUAUUAAACAGAGUGAGAUAGCGCUUGUGAAGUUCUACGCCCCAUGGUGCGGGCACUGUCAAAAACUCGCCCCAGAGUGGGAAAAGGCUGCCAAGGAUAUUCCCAGUGAGGCGUCCAUGAUUGACGUUGACUGCACCAAGGAAACAGGGCUGGCACAGAAGUACUCAAUAAAGGGCUACCCCACAAUCAUCCUCUUCCGUGGCGGUGAACAAGUGGAGACAUAUAGAGGUGCCCGCCAAAGUGCUGACCUUGUCGACUACGUAAAGGCAAAUGUGGGGCCUGCCGUUAUGUACCCAUCAAACGCUGAGGAACUGUCAAAGAUAAGGGAGGAACAUGACACAGUAUGCGUUGGUUUGACAUCUGAUGCCGAAAGUGCUCUUUCAAAAGCACUUUCUAACUCUGCAAAAGCUCUCCGAAUGAAAAUGAAGUUUGCACUUGUAACGGAACCGCAGCUUCUACCUGAUGAGAAUCCCGAAUCUGUUCUUGUGUACAGAAAGGGCGACGAAAAGGAAGUCUAUGAUGGGAAGAUGGAAGAGACAGAGUUAAAGGCGUUCCUGGAAACAGCCGUUCUCCCAUUCUCAGGGGAGAUAAAUCCUUCGACCUAUAUGAAGUAUGCACAGUCAACCAUGCCGGUGGCAUGGGUUCUACUGAAGCCCAACGAUGAGACAUCUAAGGAACUAAAAUCUAAGCUUCUGGAUCUUGGGAAGAAAAUGCGUCGUCAUGUGGUGCUCCUUUGGGUGGAUGCGGAACAGUACGCCGUCGGGAAGAGUCUCAGUGUCCCAGAUGAUGCCAAGUACCCUGCUUUUGCCAUUGCUAAAGGAGAAAAACAUUAUGUUCUUCCACCUACAGAGGCUGCAACCGCGGAGUCUAUUGAGGCAUUUAUCAUGGAAUACGCCCAAGGAAAUGCAGUUCCAUCGAUCAAGUCUCAGCCAGUGCCUGAAAAGGAGACGGUUGAUGGGUUGACAACCAUUGUGGCAAGCACGUUUGAGAAGUACUUGUCUUCAGGAAAAGACAUAUUGAUCGAGUUUUUUGCUCCUUGGUGUGGGCAUUGCAAGAAUUUUGCCAAUACGUAUGCGAAGGUGGCAAAGGAGUUCGAAUCUUCGGAUGUCAUAAUUGCUGUCAUGGACGCCACUGCGAAUGAUGUGGACAAAUCCAUCUUCGAUGUGUCUGGUUUCCCAACGGUAUAUUUCAUUCCUCAUGGAGAAAAGCCCAUCCUUUAUUCAGGAGACCGUACCUUUUAUGAGGUAUACAAGUUUGUUCGUGAGCACAGCUCUGUUUUCAAAAAUGAAACAGAUUCAGUUAACCCUGAAGACACGAAGGAAACAGAAGCAGACACUGAAGGGGAAAAGGGUGACCUGUAA